UCCAGGGGAGCCUUUCUGACUCGUCCAUCCACCACCUGCUCAAACGUGUUUUAUACAAAUCCUAUAGAAACUACUCAUGAAGAGAUGUUAAAAAUUCCGUUCUUCUGUGUUAAAUUCAUCAGAUCCUUGUCAGAUGCACGCCUAUGUGACUAAAACCGGGAUGGCCUUGUUGCACGGUGAAGGCUCUGGGCACGCCUACGAUGUCCGCCUGAAGCUGACGAAAGAGGUACUGACAAUUCAAAAACAAGAUGUCAUCUGUGUUAGUGGCAGCAAUCACAGUGCAAAUCACAGAACUGUUACGCUUCGCAGACAGCCCGCGGGCGGCUUGGGCCUGAGCGUGAAGGGCGGCGUGGAACACGGGGUCCCGGUCGUCAUAUCGAAGAUAUUCAGAGACCACGCAGCCGACCAGACAGGGAUGUUGUUCGUAGGGGACACCCUUCUCCAGGUUAACGGCAUUAACGUACAAAAUGCAACCCACGGAGAAGUGGUGCAUCUCUUGAGAAAUGCUGGCAAUGAAGUGACCGUUGCUGUGGAGCAUCUCAGGGAAGCACCAUCAUUUCUGAAGCUCCCGUUAGGGUCCCCGGGACCGUGCAGCGAGCCCGCCAGCGGGGCCUCCUCCCCGCUCUUCGACAGUGGUUUGCACCUGAACGGAAACCCCAGCAGCACAGCUCCGUCCUCGCCUUCCUCGCCCGCGGCUAAGGAACCAAAAUACGAGAAGCGCUGGCUGGACGCCGUGUCACUCCCUCUGUCCAUGGCUCGGGUCUCCCGGUGCAGAGCUGGAGCGGAAAAGUUAAGGUCCAGCGCGUUCGAGGUGCAGGCCCUGGACGGGGCGAGCUCAGGAGUCCUUCGGUUUCACACGGCCCAGGAGAGCGCCGACUGGCUGAGGGCCGUGUCUGCCAACAUCAGCGCCCUGAUGCUGCAAAAUGUGAAACUGGCAAAUAAGUGCUGUCCUCCUUGUGACCAGGUCGUCCACAUGGGAUGGGUCAGCGAGAGGCUGGGAGGCACCGGCUCCCCUCAAACCUCCAGAUCCAGGUUCCUGGCCCUGAAGGGCUCGUCCUUCUACGUCUUCGUCUCUCCUCCGGUGAGCACAUUAGACUGGGUCCGAGCAGAAAAAACCUAUAACCUCUGUGAGGUCCUAUUUAAAGUUCACAAGUUCUGGCUCUCGGACGACUGCUGGGCACAGGCCAGCCUCUGCCCGGGUCUCCAGGACCCCGGCUGCAGGGACCACAGGCCCUUCUGCUUCAGCGUCCUCGUGGGCCACGGCGGGAGCCAUGUGUUCAGCGUGGAGCUGGGGAGCGAGCUGGCCACGUGGGAGCUGUCCUUCCAGAGGGCCACCUUCCUGGAAGUGCAGAGGAUGGGGUCCAGGACGUACACGUGCAGCUGGCAAGGAGAUGCUCUGUGCUUCACGGUGGAUUUUGCUCUGGGGUUCACCUGUUUCGAGAGGAAGACCAAGAAUGUGCUCUGGAGAUUUAAAUUCUCUCAGCUGAAGGGGUCGUCAGAUGACGGGAAGGCUCGGGUGAAGCUGCUGUUUCAGAAUCUGGACACCAAGCAGGUGGAGAUGAAGGAGCUGGAGUUCCAGGACCUGACGGGCGUCCUGCACUGCGUCCACUCCUUCAUGGCGGCGAGGGUGGCCUCCGUGGAUCCCGAGUUUAUCGAGAGCCAGAGCGUUACCAGCAAAUUCAUGCACAGCAGCUGA